GGAGAUCACUGGGGAUUAGCUGACACUGUUCACGCCUCUGACACAGGAUGUAUGUAUGUGCGUGUGUAUGUGUGAGCUGUAGGCAGUGAUGGAGAUCAGGCCAAACUGCAGCACUCACUGUGACUCUGCGUCCUGCUUCAUCCAUCCUGCAGUCAACAAGCAGCAGAGCUGGGACAUCCUGCUGAGACUCUGCACCCUCUCCACGAGGGUGGUGGAGGUGCAAGGCAGGUCUCUGUCUCCAGUUCUGUGUGCUGUAGUUUGGACGCUGCUCUCCUGUGGAAUCCUCUUAUCCUUCCUCUUCCUCGUUUUCACCGUCCGCUACAAAAACAACAGGAUAGUGAAGAUGUCGAGCCCUAACCUGAACAUGCUGACUCUGUUAGGGAGUGUGCUGACAUACAGCAGCGGCUUCCUGUUCGCUAUAGAGGACAGAUCACCUGGACGGGCAGCAGGCUCGAAAGUUGUCAUGCAGGCGUGGGUCUGGAUGCUGUGCAUCGGCAGCUCUUUGGUGUUUGGACCCAUCCUUGGGAAAACAUGGCGUCUCUACAGGGUCUUUACUCAGCGUGUACCUGACAGGAGAGUGAUAAUCCGAGAUAUCCGGCUGAUGGGUCUGGUGACUCUCUUGGUGCUGGUGGAGGUGCUGAUUCUGUCCGUGUGGACUCUCACUGACCCUGUGAAGUGUUCUCGAUCAGUCAGCGCUGUGGUCAAGGUGGUGGAGUUUGAUGUGCAUUACUCCUUGUCUCAGAUGGACUCCUGCUCCUCUCAGUACUCCGACCUCUGGGUUCUUCUUCUCUGUGCACUCAAGGCCAGUCUCCUGGUGUAUGGCACGUACCUAGCUGGACUGACCAGUAGCGUUAGCCUUCCACCAGUCAACCAGUCCCUGACCAUCAUGACCGCUACAUGUCUGGUCAGUGCCUCCACUGCUCUAGCCGUCCCUGUCUCGCUCUACCUGCACUCCUGGCCCAACCUGAUCUACGGCACGUUCUCUGGAACCAUCUUCAUCUGCAGCACUGCUGUUAACUGCCUUAUAUUUGUUCCACAGCUGACCCAGUGGAGGCAGUUUGAAGAGGACAUCAACCCUCACCCCAGUCAUAUGGCCAAGUACUUCAGCAGCAAGAGUCUGCGCUCCAGUGAGAAUGACAUCUACUACCUGCUCGGAGAAUACGACUCCAUGAAGAGGUUAAUCAGUGAGAAAGACGCAGUCAUAAACAGCCUCCAGGAGCAAGUGAUGAACGCCAAGGACAAACUGCUGAAGCUCAUGUCUGUGGGCCACCUUCAGAACGAAAGAGAAAUGGACUCUUCCACCACCAACCUUAACUCCUCCUCCACACAGACUACAGUGGUACCUCGUGAGCCUUCUUCUUCUCCUUGUCCCAUGAGAGAGGUUACACCUUCGGCUGCUCUCCCCCCUCCACCAUAUGUCCCACCUCCAUCAGCUGCAUCUUCAGCUCCUUCGGUCUCAUCCUAUGAAACGCCUCCGUCUUCACAGCACAGAGAGGCCUUACCUUCUUUCUCUCCUCGCAGUCCAGUAAGGGCUCCACAGAGCUCCCAAGUUAGCCACUUGAAAUGUGAAAAUGCAGGAUCUCAACCCAAACUGAACUUGAAGAGCACAUCUCUCAUCCUUGAACCUUCUGUAAUAAUGAGCAUGCCUUUUGAUUCAGCUGGUAACCUGAUCACAUUGCACGAGUCUGCAUCUCUGGUUUGGUCCGGGCCACCCCAAGAUGCAGCGGGUUCUGUGGUCGAGUCCGUUGUACCUUCAGCGGUGGGACGCCAGGCGUUUGUGAGCAGCGAACAGCUGGAGGAGAUUCUGCACGAUUUGAGUGUGGAUGCUAUAAGCAACUCGCUCAGAUCGUCAGACGGCGUGAGAAGAACGUCGAAUCCUGCGCCUAACAUUUUCUCAUCCAGAUCGUCCCUGCAGUUGUAUUUUCCCAGCAUCUCGCCAUACAUGAUGCGAAAACGCCGACCUCCGUUCCACUGCAGAAAGGGUCCGCCUCCAUAUUACUACCCAGGCUCGGUGCCCCCUAGCUGUCGGAGGGUACGUGACCUAAAACCAGCCUUCAGCACCUCUUUGAUACCAAAAGGAUCCCAUAAUACAGAAAGUGAAGGAAAUGAGAACGAGAAAGAGGCUGAAAAUUCUAGGAUACAUUGUGACUUGAAUAUUCAAUCACGAUCACGCAGGAGGAGAUCGAGACGCACACGUCGAGAUUGUUCUUCUGUAGGACAGCCCUCGGGUUCUUUAUCAGGGCUCGAGCGGACUGCAGCUGCUGAUUCUUAUGAAUAUUCAGACUCAGAGUCCAGCAGCUCAGAGGAUUACUGCUACUAUCACCGGCCCUACUGUGAAGCCUGCAUGCACAGUCCUUAUGCCUCCAGCAACAGCAGCAGCUCAGAGACAUCCGACAGCGAAUACACAGAAUUUGACCGUUCCUCACAUCCUGUGGUCAACUUCAAAGAGGACCUCAAACCCACGUUUGUUUGAAUAGAGGGGGAGGAAUGGGACGUAGGGAUCGGAAUGGACCAGAUUGCGACUAAACAUGGCAGUGAACAUAAGUAUCUGUGUAUGUAUAUGCAUACACAUAUUUAUAUGUUAAGAAAUGUAGCUAGUGAAAUUUAGGAUUAAAUGCACCCGUUUCUUGGCUGGAAUUCUAUAUUGAAAGUCCAUGGAAAUCUUUUAUCAGACCAUCCUGGGAAAACACUUCACUAUAUAUAGUUGUGAAAACAAGUUAUGUAAGUAAUAAAACACAUAAGGGCAUGUUCUUAUAAGAAAAUAAUCCACCAUAUGAAAAGCUGUUACCACCUUAAAGUAGA